AUGUCAUCCAUCGCUCGCGCCUCGACGACAACGGCGGGGGCUUCAGCCUCGACACGGAAGUUCAAGCUAGUCCUGCUCGGGGAGAGCGGCGUCGGCAAGUCGUCCGUCGUGCAGCGUCUCAUGAAGAAUGCCUUCAGCGAGAAGCUGAACAGCACCGUCGGCGCCUCAUUCUUUAGGUACACGUGCAACGUGGACGACAACACCGCCGUUCACUUCGAUAUAUGGGACACGGCAGGGCAGGAGCGCUUCAAGAGUUUAGCCUCUAUGUACUACCGCGGUGCCGCUGCGGCGCUCGUCGUGUUCGACAUUGUCUCCGCCGAUACGUACGAGAAGGCAAAGUACUGGAUUCGCGAGCUGCAAUCCAACUCGCCAGAGACGAUGGUGAUGCUGGUAGGCAACAAGAAAGAUUUGGAGAGCGAGCGGCAGGUGUCUUUGGCGGAUGCGCAGCAGUGCGCGGUGGAGAUGGGUGUCAUGUACCACGAGACUAGCGCGCGCAGCGGCGACGGGGUUCAGGAUGCAUUCCAUGCCGUCGCUGCGAAACUGGUCGAAACGAACAGCACCUUCAACGUGCGCGAGGGCGGCGUCAUGUGCCACACAGAGAACGCGGCACCGCGUCAAGAGAAUGGAUGCUGCUAG